AUGAGAUUUGGAAAGAAGGGCAAGUUGAGUCCAAGGUACAUUGGUCCUUUCGAGGUUGUGGAGCGUAUUGGUGAGGUGGCAUAUCAGUUGGCUUUGCCACCUGGGUUGUCAGGUGUCCAUCCUGUAUUUCAUAUUUCAAUGCUUAAGAAGUAUCAUCAGGGUGGUGAUCAUGUGAUUCAAUGGGAUUCACUGUUACUUGAUCAGAAUUUGACUUUUGAGGAAGAGCCGAUCACCAUUUUGGAUUGGCAAAUUCGGAAGCUAAGGUCCAAAGAGAUUGCUUCAGUAAAGGUUCGGUGGAAGCAUCGUCCAGUGGAGGAGGCUACAUGGGAGACAGAGGCAGACAUGAGGAGUAAAUAUCCUCAUCUUUUUGAGCGUCCAGGUGGGAAAUAUUUUGGUGGAGAAGGUUGUCAGGCAGGCCGUAUAGAGGUGAUGGUUUAUAUGGCGGUGGUGGUUGGAGGUAUGGUGGAGGUGGCGAUGGGUAUAGUGGUAGUGGUAGAGGAGGAAGUGGGUGUUUCAAGUGUUUAG